CCCCUCUCUCCUGAUAUUUUAUUUACUCCCGAAACCCAAGAUGGCUCCUGUGAAUGUGUCGGUCCCAUAGCAAAUUGAGGAUGCAAGUAGCUGCCGAAAAAACAACUUUUCCCCGCCCGUCGCGUCCCCUGGAGUUCACUUCGUAUGGUGCGGAGGAGACCCUGACAUCCGUCUAGGCACACAGCCGCCGCCGGAGCUUCGCGAAACCUUCUUCAACCCACCAAUUUGGAGUAGUUUCGCGAAGUAGCUCUUCUCCUUGCUGUCGCUGUCUGUCCGGAGCGAGGUUCAGACAGGCAGGCAGCUCAUCCAAAUGGCCGAACCGAGAAAAGUGCAAUUUGUCACCCUCACGGCCUUCGCAGCUGGGACAGCCGCGGAGUCCAGGAAACGCCGGCUGGAAGAGGAUGAGGCCGACUUCAACUUCGGUAGAGCCGGGGAGGUCGAGGCAGCGACCGGGGCAGGGGGGGCUGCCAGCGACGGUCGUCUCGGCAAAACCGGCGACGGGGACAAGGCUGGAGCCGACAAGAGGGCGACGCUGCGGCUCAACCUGUCCCUAUCCGAGCCCGACGACCGCUCCUCCGUCGAGUUUAAUUACGGGGAACUCAUCCAGAACCUCCAGGCAAAGAAUAAUCCUCCAAGUCUGACUACAGCUCACGAUCCCAAGGACCCCUUCAACGAUGACGAGAGAGAGCGGCUCCAGGUUGAGGCCCUGGCUAAAAAGUUUGAAAAUAAAUAUGGUAACACAGGGAAAAAGAAGAGGAAGGACAGAAUGCAAGAUUUGAUUGAUAUAGGCUUUGGCUAUGACGAGACAGACCCCUUUAUAGACAACUCAGAAGCUUAUGAUGAGCUGGUGCCUGCGUCUUUGACCACAAAGCUGGGGGGAUUUUACAUCAACACUGGCACGCUGCAGUUCAGAGCGGCCUCUGACUCAGAGGGAGAGGGGGACAAGAAGCUGGUUGACGACAAGGGGCAGGUGAUUAAGAAGAGGAAAAAGAAGGAAGUGAACAACCUUGAAGAGAAGAACCCGAAGAAGAACAGAGUACCUAAACAAGGAGUUACAGUCCUCAACCUCCACCGACCGGAGAAGAAGAAGAGGAAGAAGCUGAUGAAGGACUCGCUGUACCUGGCGGCCAUGCUCCGCCGCUUCACCCGGGAGAAGGAAGAGAUGAAGAAAAGAAACCCGAACAUGUCUCACCCCGGCCCGGCAGGAGGCGGGGCUAACAAACCCCACUCCACCAACUCAACAAACCACCUGUUGGCCUCUAACUCCACCCACCCGCAGGGCAACACAGCUAGCACCGACCUCUCACUGGCAGACCUCACCUCCGACCCCGCUGUGAUGUCACUGCUGGGCUCGGCCAAUGAGAAGGAGCUGCAGGAUCUCCUAGGCGACCUGGACUUUGGCUUGUUGGACACUGAGCAGCAGCACGCCAUGGUGGCGGCCAGGGAGAAUGGCAUUCUGGGAGUAGGCGUUCCGACUAAUAAAGCAGCAGCAGCAGGAGGAGGUGGCGGCCAAGGGCGAGGCUUGGGGUCUUCCAGUGGACUUUUGUCUCCGCCUCCGCUGCCUGAUGGACUGCCUGCUCCUCUUAUUAAACGCAUCGAGGACCUGCGGGCGGCCUCGCGGCAGUUUGAUCAAGAGGGUCGGAAAAAAUUUUUCACCUUGGACAUGAAUAACAUUCUGCUGGAUAUUGAGCUGCAGGUCCAGGAGCAGCCUUCUGCCAUGCGUUCGGACAUCUACUCACACAUGGAGGCAUUUGUGCCGUGCAACAAAGAAGCCCUCCUCAAACGCAUGAAGAAGCUCAGUCUGAACAUCCAGGAUGAUCGACUGCGGACGCCGCUGUUGAAGCUGAAGCUGGCGGUGUGUAGUGUGAUGCCAGAGCAGAUAGCCAGAUACAACAUGGACUGCAUGGCCAAGGUUGCAAAGCAGCAGUCAGAAGAGGGCGAUAAGAAUGGCUCAGAGGAGGAGGAUGAGGAAAAGCCUGGGAAAAGGGUGAUGGGCCCGCGGAAGAAGUUUGUCUGGGAUGACAAGCUCAGGAUCCUGCUGUGCAGCCUGGUGCGAGUGAAGCUGAGCUGCUAUGAGAUGGAGAACCAGUGCUCUCUGUCUGUGGAGGACUACCUCAAGGCCUUCUUAGAGAAUGAGGUCAAACCACUAUGGCCCAAAGGCUGGAUGCAGGCCAGGAUUCUGCUGAAGGAGAGUCUUUCAGUUCACAGUCACCUCACUGGAAACCUAGUUAAGAGGAGAAUGGUGCCUGGGCCCAAGGCCAAAGCCAAGGAGGGUCUGUGGAUCCACAAACCACCUCUUAUCAUGACCUCCACCCCGUCUCUGACCUCCAACCGCCAACUCGUCUCCUCCACGCCAUUGGAGCCCAUCUGCCUGUCAGACUCUCUGGAUGAGGAUCUGACCGCUCCCUCUCUGGACUCCAUCUCUCACGCGCUGGCCCUCCUCAGCAAUGCAUCCAAGGGCCUGGGCCCCUCAGACAGCCCCUUGUCACCCCCGCCCCUGCAGAUCCCCACCUCCUCUCCUCCCCCCGUCACUCCUCACUACCCCUCAGCCUCUCAGCUGUCUGCCUCGGUCGCAUCCACAACGCAGCAACAUUCCCUCUCUAAGGUGGAGUCCACUCAGCUGGCAGCUGCUUCUGCCGGGAACUUAACAACAACAACAACGCUACCAACCUCCUCUUCUACCUCCUCUUCCUCGUCUCCCGUUGUCACCUCAGUGGCUCGUGCGCAGGCAGCGGGCCUGACGCUGGCCUCCAGGACUGCAAAUGGUCCCUACAGCCUGAUCAAAGGAUCUGGCGUCAUGGGCCAAACCCAAACUCAGAGACUCAUCACCAUGGCAUCACCCAAUCACAGGCCAAGCUUGGUGAUGGGCGGUGGCGUCAAGAUGCAUCCACACCCCUCCCCCUCUCCUCCGAAGCAGCGGCCUCCUCCCACGGCUUCCCCUCUGCUGCCCCCCCAUCAGAAGGGCUUUGUUAGCCCGGUGGGGAUGCUGGGAACUAUGGGAGCCCCUCAAGGACUAGCGAAGAGUAGUGCCAAAACCAGCGGCAUCAGCAGCAACGUCAGCGUCGUGAGCAGCAGCAUCACACCUUCUUCAUCCCCCUCCUCACAGUCCCGCUCCAACUCUACCCCCCAUCCUGCCCUACAGUCCUUCUGCCCUCCCUCCCCGGUGGCCUCCUCGCCGUCCCCCACCUCCCACUCCUCCCACUCCUCACAAGGUAAAUCCCACACACACCACCACAGCCACCACCAGGCCAACUUCAUCACACCCAUGCAGGCCACCCUCACCAAGUCCUCCCACAGCAGCAACUCCUCUCCCAUCAUCAAGCUCACCCCUCGGCCCCCUGCGCCCACCCCACCUCCCUCCUCCUCCCCCUCCCCGUCAUCCUCGCCCUCACACCCGCUCUCUCAUCAGAUGAUCCCCACCCAACAGCAGCAACACCAGUACUCCCCCAAAACUACCAAAACAUUUCGGCCCCCCUUCAAUGUAUCAGGCAGCGUGCAGUUGAAGCAGACGCAGGGCGGCUGCAGCUUUGCUGGAGGCCAGAAAGCUCAGUCCACCACUAACAACAGUAGCAUCAACAACAACUCCAACAGCAACAAGGCAGUGGUUUCAGCUAUCUGCAUUCACCCAGACAAAACUCCCUCGUCUUCUGCGCCGUCAGUCUCAGCCAACCAUGGGCAGAGGCAGAGGAUGGUGGGCGGGGCAAGCCAGAGCUCCAAGGCAGGAAAUGGUUGGGCGGCUUCAGGAACUUUGGCCACGUCCUCCACAACGUCACACCUCUCACAGGUAUCAACCGCAGGCACUUCCCUCCUGGGCAGCCCCUCGGCUCUGCCCCUGGGCUUCGGGAUGUUGGGAGGCCUGGUGCCCGUCUCGCUGCCCUUUCAGUUCCCCUCGUUGCUCAAUUUCAGCCCCCCCGGAGCCCCAGGGGCCGCUGGCAUGGGCUCGGCACCCAGCUCCAACUCAGGAUACUCCCUAGCACAGAGCGACCUAAUGGAUCUGUAUAAGAGUCUCCAGUCAGGGUCGCAGGCUGCCCUACCUCCUCACUUGCAGCUUGCUUUCUCAGAUGCGAACCAAAGCCAGGGUGGAGACAUGAAGAGGAAAUCCCACUGACCAAUAACAGCGUAGGAGGUGGACACCAGCGGGGUGACAUCACAGCCUCCUGGGCACAUCCACCAAUAGGACUCUUCACUUCGAUUGGCUGACGCGGUGAUGUGGUAUGAGGGGGCGGGGCUCCACUGCCUCUUAAAAUGGACCUAAAGGAAGAAUCAAUUUAUCCUCGCUGCAAGUGGCAAUGAUGAAUUAAUUUAACUGUAUUUUCUAAAGAACCGGGUAUGAGAACAAGACGGAGUGAAUGAUGA